UGGGAGGUGCACCAUCCUGAUACUUCACUGCUACCUGCUACGUUCCUGCUACCUGCUGCGUCCCUGCUACGUGCUGCUACCUGCUACGUUCCCUGCUACCUGCUGCGUCCCUGCUACGUCCCUCCUGCGUCCCUGCUGCCUGGAUGACACCUGGGACGCACCGUCAGAUACCCACAGAAUUCACCUUUUCAGUCAUCUCGUCUGGGUAUACAAAGGACGUCGAGAUGUCAGGUCUACACACAAUUUACUUUUUGGCUGCGGCUUCAAGGUGUCCGACCUCUUUGGGAGGUGUUUCAAUACAAUUUAUGAAGACAAUGGCAGGAAAAACUUGUUCAAGAUUUACCAACCACACGCCUCUACCUCAAGGGCCACAUGUGGUAGGUGCCACAGACAUCAUGAUUGGACGAACUAAAGAUGGAACACUAAUGCGUCUCUACUAUCCAUCAAAACUCACAGAUCUUAUGAGCCACACUGAGAAGUGGACACCGUGGUUCUUGGGAGAGGAAUACACCCGAGGCUUGGCCUCCUUCAUUGCUCCGUCCAUACCCUCCCUCUUCAGCAUGCUCUUUAACUGGCAGAUGCGAGGUGUGGCCACUCCAGCAGUGUGGGGGGCACCUGUGACUGACAGAAAAUUUCCUGUCAUUGUGUUUUCUCAUGGACUGAGUGCACAUCGUUCUAUAUAUAGUACUGUUUGUACUGAGCUUGCAUCUCAUGGGUUUUUUGUAGCAGCUGUUGAACAUAGGGACAGAUCAGCUUGUGCAAGUUUCACUCUGAAUGAGACAGGAGAAAAGGAAUACAUGCUCUUCAAAACUACACCACUUGAUAUGAAGGAAUAUGAACUUCGCAAUCAACAGAUCAAAAUACGAGUAGAAGAGAGUAUUCGAGCAUUAAACGUUCUGGAAAUGCUUAAUGAAGGAAAAGUGAAAAAUGAAUUGUCUUCGGAUUUUGACCUGCAGCAGCUACAUGGUCAUCUUGACCUGACUUAUCCAAUUAUGACUGGUCAUUCAUUUGGAGGUGUGACUGCCAUCUCCACACUUGCUAAAGACAAGAGAUUCAAAGUGGGCGUGGCUCUUGAUCCCUGGAUGUUCCCUAUAAAGGAUGAAGUUGAUAAUAUUGGCCCCAAUGUCACUCAGCCUUUAAUGUGUAUAUCAACUGAGGCAUUUCAGUCCAUUGCAAAUCUUCAGGCCAUGGGAAAACUUAAUAAAACAACAACUGAAUUUAUUACAAUCAAAGGCACUGUACACCAAAAUCAGUGUGAUACGCCAUUCCUGGUUGGACACAUAGGUCGAGUGUUUGUUGGGGCGUCUUCCCCUCUUGAUCCCCAGACUGCUAUGGAUAUCAACAACAGGCUUAUGUUAAAUUUUAUUGCAAAGCAUAUUGGUGAUCAGGGUACCACUAUCAACACGUAUGUGCCUUAUCUUGAGAUCCAGCAAGAUAAUAUGGUUUAUGGUCUCCACGGUAAAGGGAAAGCCAUGCUUGGCUGGGAUGAGGGUUACACUUCUGUCUAAUUCUACAUUCCUUCUUGCUACUUACACAAACCUGUGCAAGCCUUGAUUGUGGUGGAGGAUUUAGUGUGUAGACGUGCAUCUGCCUUAGCUUCCUUAUGCUUUUUUUCUAAGUAUUGUUUCAGUGUGCCAAUAAAGUAAACUAAUGAAUUUUAUUAAUUUGAGUUAGCAGGGAGGGAGAGCUACUUGCAGGUUGCAUAAUGUACCCUCUGCUCAGGUUGAAUUCCAUUUCGCAGGAGGAAAAGAACUUCAGAGUAAGUGUGAUCUGUUCUUGGAUACUUGGCAGAGCUCCCUUGACUACGGGCUAUACAGAAACAGGAAACCUUAUCUUAAAUCAAAAUUGUAGUUGCCUGAGAUAUGGCAAAGAGAACCUGACUUUGUAAUGAAUGACAGUCCUUGAUAAAGGCUCAUAGCAAGUUUUGAACAUCUUUUGUGUUCAAUUAAGAGCCAUAAAAUCUUAUUCAAAACAUUGCCAUAAUGUCAGUAUUAAAGUGUAAAGUCUGAGUGCAGCCAUGCGAGAGACAGCCGGUCUACCUCAGUUCAUCAUUUUAUUUUCUGGAUUUAUAAUUCAUUAGACUGUAUACAGUAAAUAAUUUUUUUUUUUUUUUCAACAAGUCGGCCGUCUCCCACCGAGGCAGGGUGACCCAAAAAAGAAAGAAAAUUAAAUAAUUAAAUCAGGUAUGGGGUAAAUCCUGCAAAUUUCAUUUACAUUCUUGGGGAUUUUAGUAAGUAUUUUUAUGUAUUUAUUAGAAAAUUAGCAGCAAAUCCUUGAUUAAACGGACCUUGAUUUAAAAGACUUUCUAAAUUUUGGAAAAAAUUCACUAGGUCAAUUAAUUUGGAAGCAAUGGAUGAAGUCCAUUGGUUACAGAAUUGUCCGUUAAGGUUGUGAUCACUGGAAAAUAAUGCCAUUUAUAACACCACAGGCACUAUUACUGGCCACUUGUUCCUCUCAUUAGUACAUUAAGUCAAGGUUUUACUACACUAUUUAUAAUAAUUUAAUUGGCUUACGGAACUUAUAUUGAGUAAAUUUACCUUACACUCCUAUUCAUUCCAGCAGUAAUAGUCAGGAUAUAUCAAAAGCAUUUUCAUUAAUUUCUAUUUAUAAUAUAAAUCAUUGCAUUAAGUUGUAUUCUUGAACACCAGUAAUAAUUUAUCAGGUAAGCUCGCUCUUCGAAACUGAAAUAUAGCUGCUAACAGGUUUCGUGUAUUUGCUGUCAUUGGUAAAAUAAUACUUGUGUAAAAGCCCUUAGUGUUCAUUUACAUUUUUAAUGAAUUGUGAACUGUAUAAAGGUUGGUAUAAACCUUGGUAAUUGAUACCAACAAAUUGGUUUAAAAAGACACGUGAGCAAACGCUAGGACAUAUUUAUUAGAAAACAUUUCAGUCCUGGGACUGAAACAUUUCUAAUAAAUUUGUCCUAGGACCGAAACGUUUUCUAAUAAAUAUGUCCUAGUGUUUGCUGAUAUGUAUAAAGAUCAACACUGCAUCUCAUGUCAGUCCUCUGUCUCCCAUAGUGUCAGUCACCAUUGAGGAAUAUUUAGUGGUAUCAGAUUACCUAAUACGAGUUAUUCUGUAAUCAACCUUCAGGACCUUGCAAGUACCUCAAAGACAUAGAAUUUUAAAUAAUUCAUGUGAUAUUUUUUGUCAUGAGUUCAUGACUAGUAAGAUUCUUGUUGAAAACUACAUAUGCACUUCCAUACAUUUUCUUUUUCUUUAAUAAGUUGGCCAUCUCCCACCAAGGCAGGGUGACCCAAAAAGAAAGAAAAUCCCCACUUCCAUACAUAUGUACAUAAAUAAAUAUGUACAUACAUACAUACAUGUGUGUCUGGAUAUAUAGGAGGUCAAAUCACCAGGAAAAAAUAAGUUGCAAUAAAACUUAUUUUGCUAUUAAAUCUGCCUCAGGCUAAGUUGAGGCCGGGUAUUAAACAAGCUUACACAAUUAAGUAUCAUAGUACUGUAGUGCAUCUUUGGAAUCAACACCAGAUUUAAUCAUCAGUUAAUGGCAGUGGCUCAUUCAACAAAGUCAGAAGUUUGUGUGGGCCUAGUUUUUUACUCCGUGAUUACAUGUUUAUGGCAUUAAAUGCAUGGAACAUUGGUUUAUUCAGGGGUUGGCAUGGUGCUUAUUUUUCCUUUGGAUAUCUUGGUUUAAAGUGUUGUACACUCUUAAUUUAACAGACUAGUAGGGGAGAGUGGGUGGCCAGUAAUGAUGAUUGUGGUGGAUAGAGAUGAGAUUCUUCUAAUGUGAUUGUAACGAUAAUAGACAAUUCUGUAACCAGUGGAGUUUGUCCAUUGUUUCCUUAUCAUAUGACCCUUCAAAUUUUGUUUUCUAUUUUUUAAAGUCCAUCAAAUUGAGGGUGACUCUCUCAGCCUGAGAAUGGGUUAAUCACUUACUAAGAUAAAAACUUGGCCAGUAACCUAACUUAACACUUCCUGGUGGUGUGAACUAAAGCAACAGUGUUGCAUGACCCAGUGACUAUUUUCCUUACCCCAAUGUAACUGAAGGGGGCCAAAUUAUGUAAAUAUAAAGUAUAUUUUUUCUUUUUAUAAUGAAAAUUUAUAUACAGAUAGGCCUCUCAUAACACGGAUUUAGGUAGCACGUUUUUAUUAGGAUUCUAAUCAUAUUUAUAAUACAAAAUUAUUGGAACGUGGCUCCAGCCUUAAAUUUGGAAAAAAAAAAAAAAAUUGCAUUGGUUUCCACUCGGAGCAUUCGUUUCAAGGCUCUUCCUCUGUUUAUUUCCACGACCCACUCAUGUGGUCAGUUUGUGGAUGCAUCUCAUACCAUUCUGUCUCUUGUUUAGUUGCUCAUUAUUUUGGAUAAUUUCAUCAUCCUUUCAUAUCUUUGGAUAUUAGUGUCAGUAGAUGGUCAUAGGUGAUGGGGCUGGUAGGUUGUGGAGGUGCUUGUACAUACAAUAUGAAAUACAGUGGACCCCCGGUUAACGAUAUUUUUUCAUUCCAGAAGUAUGUUCAGGUGCCAGUACUGACUGAAUUUAUUCCCAUAAGGAAUAUUGUGAAGUAGAUUAGUCCAUUUCAGACCCCCAAACAUACACGUACAAACGCACUUACAUAAAUGCACUUACAUAAUUGGUCGCACUGGGAGGUGAUCGUUAAGCGGGGGUCCACUGCAUUACUGCCAUAUGUGAUGGCAAAAGGGGGGUGCUAGUUGGUGAUAAAUGGUGAUAAUGCUAGUGAGUAGUCAUAGAUGAUGGGGCUGGUAGAUUGUGGAUGUGGUAGCAGCUACAAUGCAAAAUAUUACUGCCAUAAGUGGUGGUGAAAAGUGGUGUUAGUUAGUGAUAAAUGAUGUUAAGUGGUGAUAAUGCUAGUAAGCAGCUACAAUACAAAAAUAUUACUGGCUGUAAGUAAUGGUGGUAGGGGGUGAUAGAUGGUGUUAGGUGGUAGUAGUGGUGAUAGGUGAUGAUAGAUAGUGGUGUUAGGUUAACAAACAACCACAUCUAAAUGUAAGGUAUCAAGAACUAUAUCAUUUUGAUGAAAUAAGCACUCGAAAAUAUUUUGAACGGCUUUCUUGGAGGUGUGCAUAGCUUACCCUAUUUUCACACAUAUAUCAUAUUAUAUAGUGUGAAUUUACAUAAAGUGCCAUUUUCAGGAACAUAACUGCCAUGUUAUGUGAGGUCUCACUGUAUAAACAUUUCACUGAGUACCAAUAUAUAUGUUGCUAGUGUAGAUUUUAAAACAAUCAUAUAAAUUUUAUUGUAUUUAAAAGUGUGUGUGUGUGUGUGUGUGUGUGUGUGUGUGUGUGUGUGUGUGUGUGUGUGUGUGUGUGUGUGUGUGUGCUAGCCUACUCUCUCUGUAAGAGAGGGGAUGUGUUAUGUAAAUAAAGAAUAUAUUUUACAUUAUAGUUAUAUGCAUAUUUAGAAUGUAUUAAUGAAUAUUUUAUUGAUGGCUAGGAAUAUGUAGCUCAUGUGUAAAUAGUAAGAGAUACAAUAAAUUACAAGUAUUAAAGCUGUUUAAUUGUAAUAUUUGUUUACUUGUUUUUAAAAUGAAGUAAUAUUUAAAAAAAAUUGCAGUUCUUUACAGUAGAGUUUUUCCCCCAAAAUUACAUGUUGAUUGCACCCUUAAAUGUAUAAAAGAUGCAGUAUAUCCAUUUAAUCUUUUUCUAAGAAAUAAGAUGGAUGUGAGUACUGUAUAUAAAAUGAAAAACAUUCAAAAGCUUUGCAUUAUAAGAAUGAGUUUUGGUGAUGGGAAGUACAAUGUUUGCCUCGGAAGGAUGGGUGGGGAUAUCUGCUGAGUUAUUUGAAAUGUAGUCUCUGUGUACUUCCAGCAAGUCAACUAUUAAAUAAAUGACAGUGAAUGUGUUCUUUUGGUGGAAAAUGCCAGUGUGGUAAAAGUAAUGUCCAACUUAUGUAAUAAUCCUGAUUAAUCAUCUUAAUCAUAAAAGUUUUGUGGUGUAAAAACAUGAAAGAGAUUUUUUUUUAGGAUGCAUACACUAGUAGUUUUAGGUGAUCAGUCCCUCAGCCUUAAAAGUUGUUUAGUCCAACAGUCAUUCCACUGUCUCCAACAUGUGUAGCAUUACUUUUAUUUAUAUUCAUGGAAAGCACUGAACCUUCAUGGGCAUUACACCGCCACACAGCAGAAGUGAAACAGAUGGUAGAGAGAGAAGAAAAUUAGAGGGCAGUUAGCAUGUUGGAGGCAGUUUUCCCAGAUAAUCAGACAUUGUAGGGAAGCCUGAAUUUGAAUAUUCCAGUAAUAACUGAUUAAAGUAGCACCUCAGUGUUGUAAAGAUCAUUAAGUGCUACAUAGCUGAGGUAAAAGAGGUGUGGCAAGUUAAUGAGGACAUCACUAGAAAAUGGGAGGUUGAAAAAGGCACAGUUAAUGUGAAAAAUCUGAGCCACUUAGGCACUGUAGACCACAAGUUCUUCUUUGACAAACACUUUUGUAAAUUAUUAUUACAUUCAAGGAUCCCAACGAAAAUAAGUCACUUUGUCUGACUUUUAUUGCGGUUAUUCUAGGUUCUAUACACAUAUGCUGCUAUGUAUGAUAAUCUAUAUAACUUUAUUUAUGUAUACCUGAAUAAACUUGCUUACUUACUCAUAAUAAAAGGAAUAAUCCCAUGUGGAGCCCUUUUGUACAGUUGUCUGUAUUUUUGUAGACUUCUUGAGUUACCAACUGUUUGAUCCAAGUUCCAAGGGAGCUUUAACAGCAGAGUUGUGAGCAUGACAGAAUAUUUAUUUUACCUGUAUGUUGGGACUAACCCAAUUAAUAUAUUUUCACUACAUCUCAAGCUAUUGGAUCAGAAAUCAACUUUAGCACCACGAUUUCACUGCUUUUGAUAUACGAUAAUUUAAUUUCUAGGUUUUGUGAUCUUCAGUGGAAUUGUCAAAACAUUUAUAUAUGCAGUGUAUUUUAUAUGCAUGUGAAUACUGUAAUAAUUAUACUGAGUGAAGGACAGUUUAUCAGGAUUAGAAAUAAAAAUGUUCAUUGAAGUUCCACUACAUUAGUUUUCUCACAUUAAGUUAAAUUUAUGUAGUUUAUUUACUUCAGCUGUAAGUUCUGCAUCCGUAUGUAUGUUAGGCUGAAAUUAACACCAUUGUGCUCAAGUUUUCUAUUGAAUAUUAAGCAAAGAUAUUAUCUUGGUACUCUAUGCAAUGAGGUUUACCUUGUCAUGCCUCCAAGCAUUGAGGUUUACCUUGUCAUGCCUCCAAGCAUUGAGGUUUACCUUAUCAUGCCUCCAAGCAUUGAGGUUUACCUUGUCAUGCCUCCAAGCAUUGAGGUUUACCUUGUCAUGCCUCCAAGCAUUGAGGUUUACCUUGUCAUGCCUCCAAGCAUUGAGGUUUACCUUGUCAUGCCUCCAAGCCAUGAGGUUUACCUUGUCAUGCCUCCAAGCCAUGAGGUUUACCUUGUCAUGCCUCCAGGGAAUGAGGUUUUCCUUGUCAAAUUAUAAAUAUAAAUGAUCAUCCUAGAUGCAGCUGAACUAUUCAUUGCACUGCAUGGUAGAUGGAUAUAUUUUAUUACUCUGUAACAAUGCUACAAUAUUUUAUUACUUUGUUACAGUGCUACAAUAUUUUAUUACUUUGUUACAAUGCUACAAUAUUUUAUUACUUUUCAUUAUUAAAUGUCCUUACAUUUGCUUGAAUAUUUUCUAGUCAAGAUCAAGUUUACGCUAUUACAGUUGCACCAAUUGAUUAAUAAUAUGGUGUGCUAUGCAAUAAAAUAUACAAUAAAAUA